AUGACCGAAUCGACUUGGAAAGCAGUGAAGGAUGCUUUGUUAGAAAAAGGGUCAAAGGAAGUAGGAAAUGGACAAAGGAAAGUACAAAACAAUCCAAAGGAAACAGAAAUCGCAUUGAAGUCAUUGAAGGAUAGUGUAUUAAACAAUCCUUUUGUAAAGGAAAUGAUGUUGAACCAAUUGGAAGAUAUUUCACUGGGCAGCGAAAACCUGCUAGCCAAUACCUUAUCUGGGUUGACCAUACUAAGAGAGUUAGAAAAUAUUAUAGUACGAAAUGAACUGGCCAAUGAGUCCGAAUUAGAAGAUUUAAAAAAUAUUUUACUGGGCGAUCAACCCAUAUCGAACAAACAAUUGGAUGAGUUGUGUAUGUUUCUGUCUGAUCUAUUGAGUGAUGAUUCUAAUUUAGACGGUAAGAUGUUAAUAAGUAAAGCGCACUAUUUGAAUAAAAUUCCAAUAAAGAAUAAAUCCAUUUUUCUAAAAAACAAUGAUUAG